AAAUUUUCAUCAUCUCUCCUUCCUUUCUCUCACUUGAACCUAUGUUUUCAAUUAACCAUUUACUCUCACUCUUUCUUCUCAAUUUCCAUUGCUUUAUUUCUUCAUUUAUUCCUCUCUCUUUUUUUUUAAUGGUUUUUCUUGUCAGAAAAACUGACGUUAUCGGCCGCCCGGCGAUUUCAGCAUCUCUGUGAACCAGUAGACCGACCGAUAAAAACCGAGUCGUCAAUGAUUUGCUUUCUCUUCAGCAAUUUACAUCUGGGUCUAUCACUGUUUGGAUCUCUGAUGAUAAAGCAGCGGCUGUUUUCUCCAUCACUUUCGUGGGCUCUGAUUGAACCAACAUUCUAUUGAUCGUUUUUUCUUCAUAAACCCCCAGUUUUCAAAAAGUUUGCUUCGAAUCAGGUUCUGCUUCUGGUCCUCUUUCUUGGAUUGCUUCUUCAAACUUGUAGCCAUGGAUUGUGGAAGAAGAUUUGGAUUGCUGUCCUGGGUUUUGUUUAUCUCCUUGCUGCCUUCCAUUUUUUGCUUGUUUAAUCCGGUAGAUAAUUAUCUUAUUGAUUGUGGAUCGGCUGCUAAUGUCUCUGUGGGUAAUCGUGUUUUCAUGGCUGAUGAUAAUUUGGCUUCAAAGUUUCUUUCAACCCCACAAGUGAUUAUGGCUGAUACCAAUACAUCUUCAUUACUUGCUACUUCUUCCAACGAUUCCUUGUUAUUCAAAACGGCUAGAGUUUUCACUGGAACAUCAAAAUACAAGUUCCCAAUAAAGGCUGGAAGGCACUGGAUCCGUCUCUAUUUCUUUCCAUUUGUGUUUUCUGUCUACAAUAUGAGUGCUGCAAAUUUUAGUGUUUCGACCCAAGAUUUUGUUCUGUUGAGAGAUUUAGCUGGAGGGAAGAAUCCUAUAAUCAAAGAAUUUUCUGUGAACUUAGCAUCAGAUACACUUGAAGUUAUAUUUGCUCCUGUUAAUGGCUCUAUUGCAUAUGUGAAUGCCAUUGAAGUUAUUUCUGUUCCUGACAUCCUCAUUGGUGAUGAAGCCAUUUUGUUAGAACCAUCUGGUAAAUUUCAAGGGUUGUCUAAUCAGGCAUAUGAGACAGUUGCUAGAGUUAAUAUGGGUGGGCCGAAAGUUGCUCCUGAUAACGAUCCUCUUACUCGGAGUUGGGUUUCUGAUGACAGCUUUAUAGUUAAUAAGAAUCUUGCUACAAGUUUCUCCAACAUUGCAGCUGUUAAAUAUAGUGCUGAAGGGGCAGCGCCAGAGAUUGCUCCAAAUGUUGUCUAUGGUACCCUCUCUGAGAUGAACUCGAAGGAUGAUCCAAACAGCAAUUUCAAUGUGACGUGGAAGUUUAAAGUGGAUCCUGAGUUUCAGUAUCUUGUUAGGUUUCACUUCUGUGAUAUUGUGAGCAAAUCUCUACAUGAACUUUAUUUCAAUGUUUACAUUGACUCAUGGCUGGUUGUUGGGGGUCUAGAUCUCAGUGUUCCUCUUAACAAUGCUUUGAGCACUGCAUACUAUAUAGACUCUGUAUCAGGAGUGAUCAAUAAUGACGAACUUCUUGUGAGUAUUGGCCCAGCGAAUAUAGCUAAUGUGUAUCCAAAUGCCAUUUUAAAUGGUCUGGAAAUCAUGAAAAUGAAUAACUCAGUUGGCAGUCUUAGUGGGAAAGACUCUGUAAUUAGUUUUCCAGACUCGAAUUCUUCAAGUAAGCACAUUGGUGUCAUUGUGGGUGUGUGCGUUGGGGCAUUUGUUGCAGCUCUAUUGGUUGGCAUUCUGUUUAUACUGCACAAACGAAGAAGAAAGGGAAUGCAUCAAGCUACAUCGAAAACAUGGAUUUCAAUAUCCACUGCUGGAGAAAUGUCACACACUAUGGGAAGUAAAUACUCAAAUGGUACAAUCACAAGUGCUGCUUCCAACUAUGGAUAUCGUAUACCUUUUGCAACAGUUCAAGAGGCUACUAAUAACUUUGAUGAGAGUUGGGUUAUUGGUAUUGGUGGGUUUGGGAAAGUAUACAAAGGAGUUUUAAAUGAUGGCACCAAAGUUGCUGUAAAGAGGGGUAAUCCACGUUCCCAACAAGGACUAGCAGAGUUUCAAACUGAAAUCGAGAUGCUAUCACAAUUUCGUCAUCGUCAUCUUGUUUCGUUGAUUGGAUACUGUGAUGAGAGAAAUGAGAUGAUACUGAUUUACGAGUACAUGGAACAGGGAACACUGAAGAGUCAUCUAUAUGGUUCGGAUUUCCCUAGUUUGAGCUGGAAAGAGAGAUUGGAGGUCUGCAUUGGAGCCGCUAGGGGACUUCAUUACCUCCACACUGGUUAUGCUAAACCCGUUAUUCAUCGUGAUGUGAAGUCUGCUAAUAUUUUGCUCGAUGAAACUCUCAUGGCAAAGGUUGCUGACUUUGGACUUUCAAAGACGGGACCUGAAAUUGAUCAAACCCAUGUCAGUACAGCUGUGAAAGGAAGUUUUGGGUACCUUGAUCCUGAAUAUUUCCGGAGGCAACAACUGACUGAGAAAUCAGAUGUUUAUUCUUUUGGGGUUGUUUUGUUUGAAGUCCUUUGUGCACGACCUGUCAUAGAUCCAACCCUUCCUAGAGAAAUGGUAAACUUAGCUGAAUGGGCAAUGAAAUGGCAGAAGAAAGGGCAGUUGGAUCAAAUAAUUGAUUCUACUUUAGUAGGAAAAAUUAGAUCAACUUCUCUUAGAAAGUUUGGAGAAACUGCUGAAAAAUGCUUGGCUGACUAUGGAGUUGACAGACCAUCGAUGGGAGACGUUUUAUGGAAUUUGGAGUAUGCGCUUCAGCUACAAGAAGCUGUCAUUGAAACUGAUCCUGAAGAUAACAGUACAAAUAUGAUUGGUGAGCUCUCUCCACAAAUUAACAAUUUCAACAACAUUGAGGCAGGUGUUUCUGCCACACGGUUCGACAUUCCGGGUGUGGAUGAUCUUUCUGGAGUCUCUAUGAGUAGGGUGUUCUCUCAGCUGGUGAAAUCUGAGGGUAGAUGACCUGAUGUUGCUCCGUGUUAGACCAUCCUGUUGAUUCUUAUACUUGAUUUAAUCUGCUCCCGAUAGACUACUCUCAACCCAUAAAAAAUAGUAGUGAAAAGUGAUGUUUCCGAUCUUUUGAAUUGGUCCGACGCAGCUGAAUAUGAGGUGUUCUGUAAACUUCAGGCAACAAUGUAGGCAUGAGCGUUUAAACAACGUUCCUUGCUUCAUUGAAUAUGAACAUGACAGUCUGUAGUUGGGUUUCUUUUCACAUCAAAUAGCCAUUUUCCCUUGCAGAGGGAGGAACCAAAUCAAACAAAACUAUAAAGAUUUCUUCAGUGUCAAACUACAUGUAACAUAUUGGGUUCUUUUCAUGUACAGAAGGGGUUUUGUCCAGGUGAGUCUUUGCAAUAUCUACCAAACAUGUUACUUCUUUAAGGAACAAGGUAGUUUGCAUCUCCGUUACCGAUUGAUUCUGAUUUGCAUCUCUUCAUCGAUCAUAUUCAUUUUUUUUUUUUUUGCCACUGGUUUCGUGUUUGUCUAGAAUUGUUGAGACAUCUAGUCUUAUAUUUAACUGAGCAUCAUGUCAAGAAUGAUGAUCGUAUGUUAUUCUUUCAUGAGAUCCGGUGUGGAGGCGCUUUGUUGUGUAUUUGUUUAGUUCUGAAUCUCUUUUUGAUGGAGCAUAUGUAUUUGCUGCAAUUUAGGACAAUUCUUCAUCUGGAUAUUGUUUACUUUGAGAAACUAUGAAUAUUUCGACUAUGUAAUGAACAUCCAUGCAUUCUUGUCUUGAA